AAGGAAUUUAGUUUAUGGGUUGACUCUGAAACAAAAUUGACAAUAUUCCUUUUCCCAAAAGACCCACUUCCUACCUUAGGCCAGUCUGCCUUUGUAGGACUAACAAACUAUAAGAUUGGAUAUUGCAGCUUAGGGAUCGUGCACUUCUAGCUGCCAGAGUCUGACCUUCCGAAAUUGCUCCUUGCAUAAUGGAUAACAUCACUAUUGUAAAGCCUAAGAUCAGUGCUUGAGAUAGUUUGCUGACCCUGCACUGGACAGAUCAGCUGACACCACCCAGAUUGGUAAUCUGGCUCAACCAGUUCUGCGAUCCCCUCUGAGAUUCCAUCUCCAAUCUGACCCGUCAGCACUCCCCACUUCCAAGCCCCUACCCAUCAAAUUAUCUUAAAAAACUCUGAUCUUCGUGCUCUGGGAAACUGAUUUGGGUGUAAGAGGUGUCUGAUUUGGUGAGUAUUCCAGGCAGCUACCAACUGCCCCUUCCUUCUCCUGACUUGCUGACCUCUGUAGAGCUGCUGCUGUAUCUCUCAGGGUGUCUGCGUAUUGCUUCAUUACAAGGUGUCUGCAGCUGUAGCCCCAUUACAGAGUGUCUGUCUGUAGCCCCAUUAGGGGGUGUCUAAUUGGACGGAGAAUAGUGGACUUGUUUGGAAGACCACUUUUGCUUUGAGACUGGGUCUGGAAUCUUUUUUUUGAAGGUCUUCUGCUCAUCUUACACUGUGUGUGUGUGUAUUUAUAUGGUUGGAGAGGAACCCUGAAGGAAUUGCUGACAGAAGUCCUGCAGGCCUAACUCAGGGUGCCCAAAGACUACCCAUUGAGUCCCCAGAGAUCAUUUCUCCCACCUGCAGUGGAUCAGAGACAGCAGAGACCAACGAAGAGAAAGUUUGAGCCUUGCCAGUUAUGGAGAAAACUUACAUAGAUGCACUUCCUCUCACUAUGAAUUCCUCAGAAAAGCAAGAGACUGUAUGUAUUUUUGGAACUGGUGAUUUUGGAAGAUCUCUAGGAUUGAAAAUGCUCCAGUGUGGUUAUUUUGUUAUUUUUGGAAGUCGGAAUCCCCAGAUGACCAACCUACUGCCCAAUGGUGCAGAAGUCUUGAGUUAUUCAGAAGCAGCUAAGAAGUCUGACAUCAUAAUCAUAGCAAUCCACAGAGAGCAUUAUGAUUUUCUCACAGAAUUAACUGAGGUUCUCAAUGGAAAAAUAUUGGUAGACACCAGCAACAACCUUAAAAUCAAUCAAUAUCCAGAAUCUAAUGCAGAGUACCUUGCUCAGUUGGUGCCAGGAGCCCAUGUGGUAAAAGCAUUUAACACCAUCUCAGCCUGGGCUCUCCAGUCAGGAGCACUGGAUGCAAGUCGGCAGGUGUUUGUAUGCGGAAAUGACAGCAAAGCCAAGCAAACAGUGAUGGAUAUUGUUCGUGCGCUUGGACUAACUCCAUUGGAUCAAGGAUCACUCAUGGCAGCCAAAGAAAUUGAAAAGUACCCCCUGCAACUGUUUCCAAUGUGGAGGUUCCCCUUCUAUUUGUCUGCAGCUCUGUGCAUCGUCUUGUUUUUCUACUGUGUUGUAAGAGACGUAAUCUACCCUUAUGUUUAUGAGAAGAAAGAUAAUACAUUUCGUAUGGCUAUUUCCAUUCCAAAUCGUAUCUUUCCAAUAACAGCACUUACACUGCUUGCUUUGGUUUACCUCCCUGGUGUUAUUGCUGCCAUUAUACAACUGUACCAAGGCACAAAAUACCGUCGAUUCCCAGACUGGCUUGACCACUGGAUGCUCUGCCGAAAGCAGCUUGGCUUGAUAGCUCUGGGAUUUGCCUUCCUUCAUGUCCUCUACACACUUGUGAUUCCCAUUCGAUAUUAUGUAAGAUGGAGGUUGGGAAAUUUAACAGCUACCCAGGCAAUACUCAAGAAAGAGACUCCAUUUAGUACCUCCACAGCCUGGCUUUAUGAUUCAUAUGUGGCUUUGGGAAUACUUGGAUUUUUUCUGUUUGUACUCUUGGGAAUCACUUCUUUGCCAUCCGUUAGCAAUGCAGUCAACUGGAGAGAAUUCCGAUUUGUCCAGUCCAAACUGGGUUAUUUGACCCUGAUCUUGUGUACAGCCCACACCCUGGUAUACGGUGGGAAGAAAUUCCUGAACCCUUCAAAUCUCAAAUGGUAUCUUCCUGCGGCCUACGUGCUAGGGCUCAUCAUUCCUUGCAUCGUGCUGGUGAUCAAGUUUGUCCUAAUCAUGCCAUGUGUAGACAACACCCUUACAAGGAUCCGCCAGGGCUGGGAAAGGAACUCAAAACACUAGAAAUCAGCACUGAAUGUGAAAAGCAGAUAUUUAAAGCAAAGUUCAAUUUACCUGGAGUUCUAAACUAUAGUUUUGAAUGUUUAAAGAAGAACGAUGGGUGCCGUUAGUGAAGCUUUUUUCUUAUACCAUGACUGAGAUUCAUGAACACAGAGGGAAACAUUGCCUGUCUUUGAGAAAUUGAUAUACUAUUGAAGAGAACACCAUUUUAUCUCAGGAUAGUGAAGAAUCAGUGCGGUCCCUGCCUCUUGUUUUCCUGGUGACCAUGGGGCUGAGAUUGAGAUUAGCUUUGUGGUUUCACACUAAGAAGCUUCUUGCUAUGGGCAACAUGCAUGACCUAAUAUCUUGCAAAAUCCAGUGGAAGUACAUGCAACUUCCUUCUCUGGCUCCAGGGCUGAGUUAAGUGAAAGAAAAAAACAGCACAGUGGUGACAACUGAUAAAGACUUGAUUAGGUAUAUCUGAAGAAGUGGGUCACAUGAAAUUUAAAAAGGGAAUGAGUUUUUUUGUUUAUUUUUUAGAAGUGAAGGCAAACAUGUAUUACCUGAUGAAUUCCAGUGAAAUGACCCCUUGACUUUGCUUUUAUCAGUACAGAUAUUUACUGUGGGGAACUAUUUUAUAACAUAACAAAAAUUUACAAUUGAUUAAAAGUAACCAUGCCUUGGAUACAUGCAAAUCUGUAGAGUUGUCAUAUAAUUCUUCCUCUACAAAGAAUAGGUAUAGGAAAGAAUGAAUAAAAAUGAAGAGAUAUCCACUUGGAUUCCCCUUGCAUUGUGCAAUAAGCAAAGAAGGGUGAAUAAAAGUCCUUGAACAAAAAGUUCAAAUAAACCAGAAUUUUAGACAGCAAGCUAAAUAAAUAUUGUAAAGUUGCACUAUAUUAGGUUUAGUAUUAUUUUGGUAUUAUAAUAUGCUUGGUAAAUGUUAUAUUCAAAAUAUUCUUCAAUAUUUGUCAUCUAUUAAAUUAAUUUCUAGUAUAAAGAGGUAGCCUCUAUAUCUGUCUUAGUCUAUUAUAAUUGUAAGCAGUAAAAUUAAAUCAAUAAUCUGAAGGUAUAAAUUUGAACAAUGCAUAGAUGAUCGAAAAUUAUGGAAAGUCAUAGGGCAGAAAGGUGUGAAGAGUCGUCAUUAUGUAAAACUUGGAUCUUUCUCAAAUCCUUCCUAGAAUUUAGGAUGGUUCUCACUGUUUUUCAGUGCUGAUAGUACCCUUUCAAGGUGACCUUCAGGAGGAUUAACCUUCCUAGCUGAAGCAUGGAGCUAAAAGGAGCCUUAUAUAUGAUCUUCCCACAUACCAAAAUAACUAAAAGGCAUUGAGUUUGUCAUUUUUCUGCCUGUUCUACUAAGACUACUUUUUACUUUCACCGUAACAUAUUAUACAUGACAUUAUACAAAAAUGAUUAAAAUAUAUUAAAACAUCAUUAACAAUCCAGGAUAUUUUUCUAUAAAUUUUUUUGAAAAUAAUGCUAUCUAUAUUAUAUAUUCAAUUUUAUAUCAUUUUCUACUUAAUAAAGACUUUAUUUUCUGGCCGGGCACGGUGGCUCAAGCCUGUAAUCCCAGCAUUUUGGGAGGCCGAGGCGGGUGGAUCACGAGGUCAAGAGAUUGAGACCAUCCUGGUCAACAUGGUGAAACCCCAUCUCUACUAAAAAUACAAAAAAAUUAGCUGGGCAUGGUGGCACGUGCCUGUAAUCCCAGCUGCUCUGGAGGCUGAGGCAGGAGAAUUGCCUGAACCCAGGAGGCGGAGGUUGCCGUGAGCCGAGAUCGCACCAUUGCACUCCAGCCUGGGUAACAAGAGAGAAACUCCAUCUCAAAAAAAAAAAAAAAGACUUUAUUUUCUUUAUUUUUUAUUUUUUGUCUUUUUGAGACAGUCUUGCUCUGUCGCCCAGGCUAGAGUGCAGCAGCACUAUCUCAGCUCACCACAGCCUCCUCCCAGGUUCAAGCAAUUCUCAUGCAUCAGCCUCCUGAGUAGUUGGGACUAUAGGCGUGUGCCACUAUGUCCAGCUAAUUUUUGUAAUUUUAGUGGAGAUGGAGUUUCACCCCAGGCUGGUCUCAAACUCCUGGCCUCAAGUUAUCUGCCUGCCUCUGCCUCCCAAAGCACUGAGAUUACAGGCAUGUGUCUGGCCUUACAUUAUAUAUUUUCUUAAUGGCUGCAUAAUAUCACAUCAAAUAUGCAUUUUUAAACCUCUUCCCUUAUGAAACAUGUAGACUAUAACCACUUUUUACUAAAACAAAUAACAUUUCAGGUAUCUUUGCACUGAUAAUGUUUUUUCCAUAUUUUUCAUUAUUUCCUCAGAAUACUUGCCAAGAAUUGGGAUUAUAGAAUUAAACAACUUUUACUAGCAUUUGCUAUAUAUUGCCAAUACAUUUCUAAAGUGACUUUAUCAAUUUCAUUACCAUUGGAUGAGGGUGUUGCUUUUAUCACACCAUUAUAAAUUAUCUUUUUUAUUUCAAUUUGCAUUAUUUAUAACUGAUUGCAAAGGUACACAGAACACAUGCUCCUUCAACUUCUCCUUGAUACCCUAAGCAAGAAUACAAAAUGCUGGAAGACGUUGAGUAGGAUCAUGAUAUAUAUGGUGCUAACCCUACAGCAUCAGUGGAAAAGACGGAAAAUGUCACUACUCAUCUAUGUUUUGCAAAACAGUCAGGUGUGCUGGGGCUGGAAACUGCUCUGUGACUUGAGCGUUGGUUGAUUAAGUACCAUCCAGGCUCAUCUAGAGAAGCCUUUGGAGUUAAACAUACUCCUCUUUGUUAAAGGAGUAAUAUGUUUAUCCUGGCUCCUAGUAUAUCACUAAAAAUAGAAAAUGCCAUACAUAGGUAAAAUGCGGACCUAUAGAAAAAAAUGAACUCUAGUGUUAUAGCCUAGUAAAAAUGCUCUACUUGAAUACUUAAAAGCCAUCCACAAAGCCUGAAGCUAAAAAGAACACCCUGGUGGUUUUGGCAUAACAGCUGCAUUGCCAGACCUGACCUUUGGCCUCAACCACAAGAACUCCAAGCCCCGUCGGCUGACCAAAGAAAGCCCAAGUUCUCCUUCUGUCCUUCCCACAACCUCCCUCCUCCCCAAACUAUGAAAUUAAUUUGACCGCAUUAACACAGCUGACUCCUCCAAUUUACUUAAGGUAGAAAGAAUGAGUUUACAACAGAUGAAAAUAGGUGCUUUGGGUGAACUGCAUUCCUUUUAACGGGUUCAAACUAUUGUACAUUUAAAAAAGGUAAAUGGAACUUCUUUACUGCUGAUCUGUUUCCGUAUUCUAGGAAAAUUUUUAUACGUUCAUAUUAUUUUUGUGCACUUUCCCCAUGUUAAGUAAUGAUGGCUUUUGUAAAUGUGUAUUCAUUAAAUGUUACCUUAAAAAUA